UGAUAUUGUAUUCUGUGAUACUGGUUUGAUUUUGAUUUUGAAUUCCACGUUUUCACGUGUUAUUUUAAUUGUCAAAUUGUCAAUUCUUUUAUUCGUAUAGUUUGCAUUCAUAAAUUAAGGGUCAGAACAAAUUUCCUUAUUUUAUAAUACAAUGGGUAACAGAAGACACGGUGGUUCAAAUGCGAGCUUUGCGAAAAGGAGACGAAAAAUGAAAGAAGGAUUAGAUUCUAAAAAUCCUAAUGAAGAUAAUUGUAGUUCUUACGAAACAACAAUACGAGAAAAUGAAAAAUUUGUACAGUAUUAUAAGAUGCAAAAUAUUUGUUCAGAAGAUGAAUGGAACACAUUUUUAGAAGUAUUAAAAACUGACUUGCCUACUUCAUUUCGCAUUACUGCUAGCUGUGACGUAGAAGCUAAAAUACUGUUGAAAUUGGUUGAAGGUGUUUUUUUUACAGAUUUGCUCAAAGGAGAGCUAAAUGAUGAACAAAAAAACAGCAAACCUUUUUGUUUACCAUGGUACCCACAACGAUUAGGAUGGCAAUUAAAAAUCACUCGUAAAGAUAUCCGUGGUUCAGAAGCAUACUACCGUUUACAUAAUUUUCUAAUUUCUGAAACAGGAAAUGGCAAUAUUUCUAGACAAGAAACAGUCAGCAUGAUUCCACCUUUACUAUUGGAUAUACAACCAAGUGAUAAGGUAUUAGAUAUGUGUGCAGCUCCUGGUUCUAAAACUGCACAACUUAUUGAAGCUCUGUAUUCAGGCUCAACUUCUUCAGUUCCAGAUGGAUUAAUUAUGGCCAAUGAUGUUCAUAAUGCAAGGUGUUAUAUGCUAGUUCAUCAAGCUAAAAGAUUAAAUAGUGCAAAUGUUGUUAUUACAAAUCAUGAUGCUACAGUUUUGCCUGUUAUGAACUUGGAUGAAAAUGGGGAUUCCAUGCUAAAGUUUGAUAAAAUAUUAUGUGAUGCACCAUGUUCUGGUGAUGGUACAUUAAGAAAGAAUGCAGAUAUUUGGACUAAGUGGAGUCCAGGAAAUGCAAACAACUUGCAUGGAAUACAGUUUCGUAUACUUAAGCGUGGAUUAGAAUUGUUAAAUGUCGGUGGGCGCUUAGUUUAUUCAACUUGUUCAUUUAAUCCAGUCGAAAAUGAAGCAGUAGUUCAGCGUAUGAUGACUGAAGCUCAAGGUAGUGUUGUUAUUAUUGAUGCUCGUGAUAAACUACCAGGUCUUAAAACAGUUAAUGGUCUUUCUCAGUGGAUAGUUGUAUCAAAGGAUUUGGAUGUGUAUAAAACUUUUGAAGAAGUUCCAGAAAAAUGGAAUACUCAAAUUAGGCCUCAAAUGUUUCCUCCCAAGGAAGAUGUAUUUAAUCUGGAUAGAUGUAUUCGUAUACUACCUCAUCAUCAAGAUACUGGAGGGUUUUUUGUAACUGUUAUGGAAAAAAUUAAGCCAUUACCAUGGGAAACGAGCAUAAAACAAACUGAUGCACUUGUUGAUGAAGUAAAAGUCAAUAAUUAUAAAAGAAAACCUAAAAAAAGGAGAUACCAAGGAUAUAAAGAAGAUCCAUUUAUAUUUUUAACAGUUGAUGAUCCUGUUUGGCCAGAAAUUAGAGACUUUUAUGAACUCAAUAAUUUCCCUAUUCAAUGCUUACUUACAAGAUGUUCUGUGGGUAAAAAAAAAAAUAUAUACUAUACGUCCACAUCUGUAAAAGAUAUUGUAAAGAAUAAUCAAGACCGUGUGAAGAUUAUCAAUACUGGUGUUAAAACGUUUGUCCGUUGCGAUAAUAAAUCAAUGGAAUGUAACUUUAGGCUUGCUCAAGAGGGCUUAGCUGGAAUAUCUUCUUUUAUCGGACAAAAAAGACGAUUACAGUUAACACGUACUGAAUUGAUAACUGUUCUGAAAAAUCCAACAAUUCAAGUUACUUCUUUAGAUCAGGCCACAAAAGAUAUACUAGACAAUUUUGGUGUUGGUAGUUGUAUUCUGAACAUGAUGGACAAAGAUUUUCCAAUUGAGCUUGUUGGUUGGAAAGGGUUUUCAACUCUCAAAGCAUAUGUAAAUGGUGAAUGUAGAUUACACUAUUUGAGAUUACUUGGAGUUGAUGUCUCCGAAUUCGACGUAAAUAAAUUUAAGAAAGAAAAUAAUGAGGAUGGACCAGAAGACAAAAAUGGAAUUUGCACAGAUGAAAUUCCAGAACUUCAGGUUAAAGAAGAAUUAAUACAAAGUGAAAAAUUAGAAUAAA